AACGCGGAAAUCCCCGCCCGAACAGGCAAUCCUUGAUCCAUCCAUAAUUAGAUGAGCUUGCAAUCAAGCACUUCCAUCAUCAACUGGUCCCGGGGCCAAAAUACUGAAGUACUCACCUAGGUCGGAUCUGGUGCUCACUUCAUUGAACAUUUCUGGCUUUGGACCUUCAUCAAGAUGACGUACGCUACUCAAUCGCUGUAUUAUGAUGGCAAGCGACAAUGGGCCACCUCAAAGCAGACAUUCCAGUCAAUCAACCCUGCAACAGCGCAGCCCAAUGGUGCGAUCGAGACUUCCUCUACGGGUGACAUAGACGCUGCCAUUGCUUCUGCCCAGAAAGCUUUCGCGUCAUGGUCAAGCACAACAUACGUUCAGCGCGCGCGCAUACUGCAGAAAGCUGCAUUAAUCCUUAGAGAGCGGAAUGAUCAGAUCGCAAAGGUCGAAACAGACGACACUGGGAAGCCUUUCAGUGAAACCAGUACCGUCGAUGUCGUGACUGGUGCCGAUGUUUUAGAGUACUUUGCAAAUAUGAUUGGUGGUGGCGGGCUUAAUGGCGAAACUACUCAGCUACGAGAAGAUGCUUGGGUAUAUACAAAGAAAGAACCAUUGGGUGUAUGUGCAGGUAUUGGAGCUUGGAACUACCCGAUUCAAAUAGCGCUAUGGAAAUCAGCACCUUGUCUGGCAGCAGGGAAUACGAUGGUUUACAAGCCUUCUGAAUUCACUCCGCUGCAUGCGAACACUCUCGCUGAGAUAUACACUGAGGCUGGUGUCCCACCUGGUGUCUUCAAUAUCGUCCAAGGAUCCGGAGAAGUCGGAGCUUAUCUUAUCCAGCAUCCGAGCAUCGCCAAAGUCUCAUUUACAGGUCAAGUCAGCACUGGACAAAAGGUCGCAGGAUCCGCUGCUGGUAACAUGAAGUAUGUGACGAUGGAGCUUGGAGGUAAAUCGCCCAUUGUCAUUCUCCCGGACGCCGAUCUCGAGAAAGCUGUGGAUGGGGCUAUGAUGGCAAACUUCUUCAGCACCGGCCAGGUUUGCACGAAUGGUACUCGGGUAUUUGUACAAGAGCAAAAGAAGGCUGAUUUCGAGAAAAUCCUUCUGGGGAAGAUGAAGUACAUUCGUGCCGGCGACCUUAGUGAUAUGACCACAAACUUCGGACCACUCGUCAGCAGAGUGCACUGGGAGAAGGUCAAGGGCUAUAUCAAGCAUGGUAUUCAGACUGACAAGGCGACGCUGAUCUAUGGUGGCUCGGAACCACUUACUUUACCUCAAGCAGUUAGCCAGAACUACCAAAAGGGCUAUUGGGUCCAGCCCACGGUGUUUACAGAUUGUACAGAUGAUAUGAAGAUCGUUCAAGAGGAGAUAUUUGGACCCGUUAUGAGCAUCCUGACGUACAAGAGUGUUGACGAAGUGAUUAAAAGGGCAAACUCAACAGAGAUGGGUCUUGCUGCCGGUGUAUUCUCGAACGAUCUGAACGCAGCGCACAAGGUUAUUUCGAAGUUACAGGCUGGCAUAACCUGGAUAAAUACCUGGGGAGAAUCACCAGCAGAAAUGAGCGUAGGCGGUUGGAAAAUGAGCGGUGUUGGUGUUGAAAAUGGUAGGAAAGGAAUUGAAGCCUGGUUGCGGAACAAGAGCACGUUGGUGGACAUGAGUGGUGAAGUCACGACUGUCUUUGCGAAGCUAUGAGUUACUUUACAUACUUGUCAUGGUUUUUGUACAUGUAGCACAUAUACAUAGGAAGGGAAUAUAAUCUCAAUGAAUUACUAUUGGUG